UUUUUUUUUUUUGUUUCUCACAAUUCAAUUAGUACAACAAUCUUCUAUUUUUUGUCUUUGCUAUUCAAAUUGAAUGAGGACAUAUUUUUCUCUUCUUAUAUCAACCCUUUUUCACUGCAACUAACGCUGUUUUUUUUUCUUGUUUCAGAAAACAAUUGCAAAUUCGAAUUGUCUGAUAUCAACAUUCUUAUCCUUAGUCGGGUCCUUUUCAAGUAAUGCGCCAUGAUGAACACUCAAAUUAUUGAUCCAUUGCAAGGGGAUUUCCCGGAGGUGAUAGAAGAGUUCUUGGAACAUGGUGUUAUGAAAUGUAUCGCCUUUAAUCGUCGAGGCACCCUUCUUGCUGCCGGUUGCUCCAAUGGAAGCUGUAUCAUAUGGGACUUUGAAACUCGAGGGAUUGCGAAAGAGCUCCUAGAUAAAGAGUGUAAUGCUGCCAUAACAAGUGUCUGUUGGUCAAAGUAUGGUCAUCGCAUAUUAGUUUCUGCUGCUGACAGGACAUUGAUUCUCUGGGAUGUAGCUACUGGAGAGAAAGUUGCCAAAACAACAUUAGAAAAAGCCCCUUUGCAUGCUCGCCUGCAUCCUGGCUCCUCUAUGCCAUCUUUGUGCUUGGCAUGCCCUGUCUAUUCGGCUCCCUUGAUUGUCGAUUUGAACUCUGGAUCAACUAAUGCUUUGCCUGCAUCAGUUUCAGAUGGGGGAGAUGGGCUUUCUGUUCCUUCACGAAACAAAGUCUCCGAUGAUUCUGCUCCCCAGACUCCUGCAUGCUUUAACAAGCAUGGGGAUCUGGUUUAUUUGGGAAAUUCUAAGGGAGAGAUCCUCAUAAUUGAUCAUGAACAGGUCCAGGUACGUGCAGUUGUCCCCGUUGCCGGGGGUGCUGUCAUUAAGAACAUUUUAUUUAGUCGGAAUGGGCAAUAUCUUCUCACGAAUUCAAGUGAUCGGAUUAUUAGGGUUUAUGAAAAUAUGCUACCUACAAAAGAGGGUCUGAAAGCACUAGACAAGAUGGGUGAGACUUUAAAUGAUCUUGGUGGAGUUGAGAAGCUAAAGGUCGUUGGAUCUAAGAGUUUAGUCCUGUUUCGUGAGUUUCAAGACUCUGUAACCAGAAUUCACUGGAAGGCUCCUGGUUUUAGUGGUGAUGGUGAAUGGGUUAUUGGUGGCUCUGCUAGCAAAGGAGAGCACAAGAUAUACAUAUGGGAUCGGGCAGGACACCUUGUGAAAUUUCUGGAAGGUCCAAAAGAAGCUUUGAUUGAUCUGGCUUGGCAUCCAGUUCACCCCAUUGUUGUCUCAGUCUCCUUGACUGGCUUGAUUUACAUAUGGGCUAAAGAUUAUACUGAAAACUGGAGUGCUUUCGCCCCAGAUUUCAAAGAACUUGAAGAAAAUGAAGAAUACGUAGAAAGAGAAGACGAAUUUGAUAUCAUGCCAGAAACUGAAAAGGUUAAAGAAUCAGAGGUUAACCAGAAUGAAGAUGUUGAUAUUAUAACAGUGGAGCAUGAUUCAACUUUUAGUGACUCGGAUAUGUCGCAGGAAGAACUUUGCUUCUUGCCUGCAAUGCCUUGUCCUGAUGCUCCUGAGCAGCAGGAUAAAAGUAUUGGAAAUUCAUUGAAAUUGGUGGAAAGUAAUCAUUCUGCAUCUCCUCUUUCAGCAGAUGCAGCACAAAACGGGCAAGCUAACCACGAGUCAAGUCCUGUUGAAGGUAUAGAUAACUCUACUGCAGAAGAUACAAGUGGAGGACGCUUUAAAAGGAAGCGAAGACCCUCUGAGAAAGUCCUGGAAUUGCAAGCGGAGAUGGUGAAGAAACCUGUGAAGAAGGCGAAGCCUUCUGCCAAACCGUUGAAACCCAAAGACAAAUCCGUACAUGACGAAGAUAAUGGUGUAUCUGUAGAUGAGGUUUCUGAUGAUUAUUACAGAUAAUGUACAACCAGGCUUCUUUGAUUUCCCCCAGGUAGUUGCACUUGGUAGUUAUCUAUUUUCUAGAAAUGGUUGCAGCAUUCAAAAAUUCAGCAAGCAAUUUCAGACUGUAUUUGGGACUGAAGAUGACAACAUUGUUGACAAAUACAGCUUAACUUGUACAGGAUAUUUGGCUGUUGUUGUGUCUGCAAAAGGAUAAUGAUAAUAUAUGUAGGGCACACAAGAGCAAUGUUUCAAUUGCUGGAGUGAAGGCAUAGGAAUUGAGAUGUUUUUGUAGUACUUACUAGUUAGUAAAGAGUCUGUAGAAAUAAUCCCUUCAACAGUCAACAGUCAAGUUCUUGUUUACGGCUCUUGUGCUUUGCAUUUGCCGUUCCCUGUAUUCAACGAUUUUGGAGUUAGUAAAGAAGCUAAUUAACCCUGUUGAGUUGGUAAAGAGUCUAUGUAAUUCAACUUAUUUGAACUUGCCAAAAAAAUUCUUUAACUUAUUUGAGCUUGUAUGAACUUAAUUUAUACGAACUUGUUAGAAUGUGUUAUAACUUAUCAGUAUUUAUAUGAACUUAUUGGAGUAUAUUGUUUAA